AUGAGGAAUCCCUUCCGCCGCCGGGUCAAGAAGAACGACUCCACUGGUGGCUCCGAUAGCUUCGCCGUCCCAGCAGACCUCAUGCCCCGGCCGCCGCUCUUCGCGCCUACCCACCGCUCCGCCCAGCUGCUCGCCUUCCUCCCUCCCGCCGUCAUCGAGCGCGUCUUCGCCUUCGUGUGCCCCCACACUCGCGACGAGAGCUACGACUCAUGUGAGGGCAGCGCAGCUUCCAUCGACUCGCUGUGCAUGCUCUGCGACCUGCGCGACCUGGCGCAUUCCGCCCGUGUCUGCCGCGCCUGGCGGGCCAUUGCCAUUAGAGCUUUCGUCCGCAUCGACCCUGUCCACUACUGCCCCCGCGAGGCAUGGCUCGCCGAGAGGCGCAAGAAGACGUCCCGUUUCGACCGCAAUGGCGUCCCCGAGGAUCCUGCCCAAGCCCGUUUGCGACUCCUCCGCCGUACCGUCCGCGAUGAUCCAACCCGCCUCGGCAAGCUAGUUCAGUUCCUCAAGAUGCCUUAUAUGUUGCGCGAAUCGUGCCAAGUCGAGCUCGCCCAGACCAUCGCCGUGCUUCCCAAUCUGCACUUCGUCGAUCUGCCCGAGGGCAUGUUCUCCGACGACCCCCACUUUGCAACGCUACGGCUCGAAGUCCAGGCGCGUUGUCCCAAUCUGCGAAAGAUGACCUAUGUCGGGGGGUCUGAACGAAGCUUCGCCAUGCUGGCUUCGGGCCAGAUCUGGCCUCGCUUGGAGGUGCUGGAGAUUAACAAUCUUGACAUCGACCCCAUCACCGUCCGUGCCGUUCUCGGCUGCCUGCCAAACCUCCAGGCCUUGAAGGUCUCGGAGACGCCAACCCUCACCGACGAGGUACUGUCCUCCGGUGACGGUCUCCCUACUCUCCCACCUCUCAAAGAGCUCGUUCUCAAGGACACUCCUCGUGUGACGGUCAAGGGACUUAUUGAGUACCUCGCCUGGCAGGAGACACAGCAAGCCCUUAGGGUGUUGACCCUCAAAGACACGGGCGUCCACCCUUCUAGCCUUCAGGAGAUCCUGACCAUGGCCUCCUCGCUCAAGACCCUCGCUAUUCAGACAAAGGUUAUAGACCAGUUCCCCAGCUCGCCAAACAUUCGACCGUUGGCAUCCCGUUCGUUGGAGACGUUCCGGUAUGAGAUAUCCGGGGCCUCAUCUGCCAGCGCCUUUUCCAGCAUGACAACGGGCUACUACAACUAUCUCGCCUCGUCCAUCAUGGGCGGCGGCUUUCCCCGACUGCGCCGCCUAUACGUCCAAGACGAUACGUUCCCAGAGCAGCUUCAGGGCCUUCCACCUCCUAACGCUGCAUUUUCCGGCGGUCAUGUUCGCUCGGGCUCUAACUCUUCUAUCAAGUCCACUCCGGGAUUCAGUCUCUCACCCCGCUCUGCCAACCUCUCACCACUCGCUCCGCCCCGGCGACCUGUCUCGAAUGUGCCCGUGAAUCGGCGGUUCAGCUCCAACAAUCCCUUCGCUGCACGGAACCCCACCUCACCACCCCCAACACACACCCUCGAAGUCUUUACCAAGAGCGAUGAGUUCGGCAAAUGGAACUUUGCCCGCGUUGAUACGUUCAAGUCAAUCGCCGCGCCGUCUCGUCGACCGGUCAGCAGCUAUGGGUUGGCGGCCGAUGUCGCAGGGUCUGGAUGGGACGGAGGCGACGCCCGGCGGAGCGUCAUGGUCGGCAACGGCGCAGGAGGAUUCUUGGCCGUACCAGGAAUGGAUACUAAUCAGAACGAGUUUGACGAUGGAUCUGAGUCGUGGAGACCCACAAGUAGUGGAGGAGAACCACGAGGGAGUCGCGAUCUGUGGAGAUGA